CCCGCCCCCUUCCUUUCGGCCGGAGCAGCCAUCUUCCAGGUACGGCUCGUGCGUGGCUCCUGGCGCCCGGCGUUCUAUCGACUUUGGUUGUAGCCUCGUGGCUACGGAGGCGGUGCUCUGGGCUCGUCCGGAGACUGCACACAGUAAAUCGCCAAAAUGACUAACACAAAGGGAAAAAGGAGAGGAACACGCUAUAUGUUCUCUAGGCCUUUUAGAAAACAUGGAGUUGUUCCUUUGGCCACAUAUAUGCGGAUCUAUAAGAAAGGUGAUAUUGUAGAUAUAAAGGGAAUGGGCACUGUUCAAAAAGGAAUGCCCCACAAAUGUUACCAUGGCAAAACUGGAAGAGUCUACAAUGUUACCCAGCAUGCUGUUGGCAUUGUUGUAAACAAACAAGUAAAGGGCAAGAUUCUUGCCAAGAGAAUUAAUGUUCGUAUUGAGCAUAUUAAACACUCUAAGAGCAGAGACAGCUUCUUGAAACGUGUGAAGGAAAAUGAUCAGAAAAAAAAGGAAGCCAAAGAGAAGGGGACUUGGGUUCAACUGAAGCGCCAGCCUGCUCCACCCAGAGAAGCACACUUUGUGAGAACCAAUGGAAAGGAACCAGAGCUGCUGGAACCCAUUCCCUAUGAAUUCAUGGCAUGAUCAAUAUAAAAACUUAAUAAAAUAUCAGAACUAUAAACUUGUUUCUUGUAACCUAA